ACGUGCAAUGCAAAUUGUCAAUGUCAAACUUAAAAAUAUUUUCCUGCAACUGCAUCAAAUUGUAAAUUUUAUUUUUUUUAAAUAUGCCAGAUACCAAGGAUACCAAUACCAAGGAUGCUAAUUUGAGUUCUCCUGAACGUAAAAGACGAAGAAAGAGUAGAUCUAAAUCUCCAGAACGAAAAGAGAAAAAGUCUUCCAAAAAGAAAGCCCACAAUAGUAGAGACAGAGAUUCAUCAGAGGAAGGUUACAACCCUAAAGAUUAUCAGAGAUACUAUGGGGAAGAUCGCCCAAACAGUGACAAAUAUUGGAAUAAAUAUCCAAGGAAAGAUACUACCAAAGUUGGCCAAAGAUACUAUGAUGCGGCUCCCGAAGAAUCUGGCAAGAAGGGGCCAGAUAGAAAUUCAGAGGAGAAGGAGUUACCAAAGCCAAUGGAGUCUGUUCCUGAUAAAUCAGUCAUCAAACCAAGAGAAAGAAAAACUGUAGAUAUGUUAACAUCGAGGACUGGUGGUGCUUAUAUUCCCCCAGCUAAGCUACGAUUGUUACAAGCCAGUAUUACAGACAAAACAUCAGCAGCCUAUCAGCGUAUAGCAUGGGAAGCCUUAAAGAAAUCCGUUCAUGGUUACAUUAAUAAAAUUAACACCUCGAAUAUUGGCAUCAUCGCCAGAGAAUUAUUGCAUGAAAAUAUAGUAAGAGGUAGAGGUUUGCUGUGCAAGUCAAUAAUACAAGCACAAGCAGCAUCUCCUACUUUUACAAACGUUUACGCAGCCUUAGUAGCUGUUAUUAAUUCGAAGUUUCCAAGUAUAGGAGAGCUUUUAUUGAAGAGGUUGGUUUUGCAGUUCAAAAGAGGGUUUAAACAAAAUAAUAAGUCUAUUUGCAUAUCGGCUACUACUUUCGUAGCUCAUUUAGUAAAUCAGAGAGUGGCACAUGAAAUUUUGGCUUUGGAGAUACUUACAUUGUUGGUGGAGACUCCUACAGAUGAUUCUGUGGAGGUGGCCAUUUCAUUUUUGAAGGAAUGUGGACAAAAACUGACAGAAGUUUCAAGUAGAGGUAUUACUGCUAUAUUUGAGAUGUUAAGAAACAUUUUACAUGAAGGCCAGCUAGAAAAAAGAAUUCAGUACAUGAUUGAAGUUAUGUUUCAAAUAAGGAAAGACGGAUUUAAGGAUCAUGCUGCUGUCGUAGAAGAAUUAGAUUUAGUAGAAGAGGAAGAUCAAUUCACUCAUCUUAUUAUGUUAGAUGAUGUUAAAGAGGCUGAUGCAGAGGAUAUAUUGAAUGUGUUCAAAUUUGAUGAGAGUUAUGAAGAAAAUGAAGAUAAAUACAAAACCCUUAGUAAAGAAAUCUUAGGCAGUGAUGGUGAGUCUGAAUCAGGUUCCGAAGGUUCAGAAGAGGAAUCUGAUAAUGAAAAUGAGGACGAAGUCAAGGACCAGGGAACAAUUAUUGACAAUACUGAAACGAAUUUAAUUUCUCUUAGAAGAACCAUAUAUUUGACUAUUCAGUCUAGUUUAGAUUUUGAAGAAUGUGCACAUAAGCUACUGAAGAUGGAGUUGAAACCUGGACAAGAAAUAGAAUUGUGUCACAUGUUUCUUGACUGCUGCGCAGAACAAAGAACCUACGAAAAGUUUUAUGGUCUUUUGGCUCAAAGAUUUUGUCAAAUCAACAAAGUGUAUAUCGAGCCUUUCCAACAAAUUUUUAAAGAUACCUAUUCUACCACUCACAGACUAGAUGCUAACAGGUUAAGAAACGUCAGCAAAUUUUUUGCGCAUUUACUUUUUACGGAUGCCAUUGGAUGGGAAGUCCUUGACAUCAUGAAAUUGAAUGAAGAGGAUACCAAUAGUUCUAGUAGGAUUUUCAUAAAAAUCUUGUUUCAAGAAUUGGCUGAAUAUAUGGGACUAGGAAAAUUAAACGCAAGGCUAAAGGAUGAGACCCUGCAGGCUUAUUUUUCAGGACUGUUUCCUAGAGAUAACCCAAAGAAUACCAGAUUUUCUAUUAAUUUUUUUACCUCUAUCGGUUUGGGAGGAUUAACUGAUGAACUCAGAGAACAUUUAAAAAAUAUUCCAAAAAUGAUGGAAAUGAAGUUAGCCACUAAAGAAAAGGAAAGCAGUGGUAGUAGUAGUUCAGAAAGUAGUUCUGAGGAAGAUAGUAGUGACGACAGCUCUGAAGAUUCAUCAAGUUCUGAAGACGAUAGAGGCAAAAAGAAGAAAAAAACCAAAAAGCUAGAAGAAAAAAAUUCGAAAGUAAAUUCUAAGUCUAGACCUAGAUCAAAAGAGAAAGAACACGCAGACAAACCUAGAGACAAACAUAGAAAGGAAGAUAGACAUAAAUCUGACAAAAAUCCCGAUAGAUCCUCGUCCAAAAAAUAUUCUAAAGAAGAUAACAAGAGGAAGAAAGACUACGAAUGGAUGAAGAGCAGAUAUGAAGAUGAUAUUAAGCAAUUAAAAAACGAUAAAAGGGUAUUUGAAAAGUCUUCCAAACGACGAUCAAGAUCUAGAGACAGGGUAAAAGUCAAGGAAGAGCGUAGACGUAGAAGCAGAGAAAGAAGAAGGAGCUAAGAUAAUUUUUUAAUAAGGAUCUAUGUAUAUUUAUGUAAACAUUUAUUUAAUACAUGUUUUUUAAAAA